UCAGCGACUUUUUUUCUUAUCUUUUUUCUUUCUGUGCGUUUUCCUUAAUUCAAUGAUUCAUAGAUAGUGAAAAUGAAAUAUAUCGUUAACGAGUUAAUCGAGAGAAAAACAAACAACUACACGUGAAUUUGACAUAUCGGAAACGUAGCUGUCCAACUUUCGAUUUGAGUUUUUAAAUUCUUGUCUCAUUCAACUCGUAUUAGAUUUAUCGUUUGCCCUUUUGAUUCUGUUUUUUUUUUUUUUUUACUAAUUUCGCUGUUUUCUCUAAUGUUUUAUUUAACGAUGGUGGCAUUGUAGUAGUAAUUACGGCGAAAGAUUCAACAUAAUUUUCAACAUGCAAUCACGAUGUAUAACCUCGCUUUUCAUCAACCUUUUGGAUAAGAGUCCAAAAAGCUUGUGGAAGAUCGAACGGUGUCAAUUUCACGCAACUCCAACAGCGUAUCGAAAGAAGAACAAAAAGGGCAAAGGAGAUGACGGGCCAAAAAUAAUAAAACCGAUCUGCGAGAAAUUACCUAAACCAAUUCUGGAGCCUUCGUGUAAGAACGCUAUAGUGAUCGGUGGGUCUGAAGGUUUUGGUUUUGCAGCGGCUGAUCAUCUCCUGUGUAAAGGAGCGCGCGUCGUCGUAGUGGCUGACGAUGAUCCUAUUGAGGGAAAAAUUGCAGUAAAAAAGUUAUGCGACUCUUACGGGAAAAAUCGCGCUCUGUUUGUUCAUUAUGACGUUAAAAGUGAUUGUCACGUUCAAGCUGGUUUGGCAAACGCUCUCUGCAAGCUUAAAGUGGUUCACAUUCUUUUCAACAAUCUCGAUAAAGAACGACCACCAUUAAAGUGUCCAACGUCGACUUCGAAACAGAACGUUACAACUAAAACGAUUCAAAUAGGAUUGGAGCUUCUAGGAAAGGAUCAAGCUGGCUCUAACGGGAUAAUAAUAAAUUGCGCGAGUAUUUUUGGUUUCAUGGGAUGGCCUGAAGAUCCCUUUCCGGUUUAUUGCAACAAAGAACCAGCUAUAGAAGUGACGAGAGAUUUCGCGAAAAAUUAUAAAGGAGAAGAAAAGGAUGUUCGUGUUGUGGCCCUUUGUCCAACGACCAAAUGUUUCUCCAAUAUUGGAUUACCAGAUUUCCCAGAACCUAUUCCAAAUAAAAUAAUGAACGAAAUGCCAAUUUGUAUACCGCAUUCCAAGUAUCACAUAGGAACUGCUUUGAGCUACAUACUAGCGUGGGCAAAGAACGGAAGUGCAUGGCUCGUAGAACCAGCAAUCAGUGUCCAUCAAAUUCCUCGAUUAAUUCACUUCCCGGAGAAAGAAGGUGGACAAGUCGACCCUAAAGUCUAUCAGGCACAACCUUGUCCAGUGAAGAUAGAACCACCAUGCGUCGAACCUAAGGUGUGUGUACCCAGCCAAAAACAAAUGUGUGCAAAAAAGAAAUGGAAAGAUGAUGAAAAAAAGUGAUCUCUUCCAACAACGUAAGUAAUUUUAACAAUUGAAAAUAAUAUAUUUACAUAGUUAAGUUGAAAAUAUUCCUUCGAUUGUUUGACAAAUUUGAGAAAUCUGGAGAUAUUUAAACUCUCCCCUUCGCUUUUCUCUAAUUUUUUAUCUCACCGUAUACUUAUUUUUUCUCUAAGCUAAUCGAAUAUUCAGAUUUUCAUUGAAAAAGAACAAUAACCAAAAAAUAAUCUUUUCAUUACGAUCAGAUGCGGGUUUCAAAAUCAUACAACGGAGUGAAGGAUUUAAACGUUCAAUUUAACAAAUACGUAGCAUAAUUUACACGUGUGAAAUUGCAAAAGAGUUGCCACUCCUCCGAUUUCGAUGAUUUUGAAAUACGUUAUAGGAAUCAACACUAUGAAUUCCGAUUGGGUCAAGAUUGGCGCAAGGCUGCCGGAUCGAAGAAACUAAUUUAAAUUCAAAUCCAAUACGUUGAUGAUAUUCGUGUUUAAUUAAGUUAUAACAGAAAUUUCUUACAGCUUCGCGUACGCAGUUGUGCACGGGGCUUUAAGCUCGCACAACCCUCGCUUACUAUAGACGGAAGAUAAGAGUUAGAUUUCAUUUGGAUUUGACCAAUCAAUACCGAGCUAUGCGCUGCCACGGACGCACAACUACGAGGGUUGUCCAAAAAGUACUACCCGUUUACAUCCAGAAGCCAUGUAAAACGACGAAAUGCACUUACAAAAGGUCAUGCAGCUUCGUUCGCGUAUUGGCGUGAGUCAUACAAAAUUUUCUGUUUAAAUAUUGAAUAUCGUCGUUGUAUCAGCCGUUUAAAACGACGAUGCGAACUAAAAAUGU